AUGAAUGAGGAAAUCAUAAUGGAUGAGGGAGGAGAGGAAGACCAAAAUAGUCUUGCAUCAAGUGCAAAAUCUUUAGCGUACAGAGAGAAUGCUGAUGCGGAUGAAGACUGUUUAUUCAACUAUUCAACUACCCUCACUAACAGGCAGCGUGGCAAUGAAGUUAACGUGCGCCCUGCAGAGUUAGACUGUCUGUCCAUCCAUCAGCUUGCCGCCCAGGGUGAGGUAUUACAAGUGGCAAUGCAACUAAGUAAAGACGGCUCACUGGUGAGCAAACAGGAUGACCAAGGCUUCACUCCGCUAAUGUGGGCGGCAGCAUUUGGAGAGAAAACAGUGGUUGACUUGCUUUUGGAAAAGGGAGCAGACCCUAAUAUAGUGGCAAGAGACCAAGAAUGUGCAUUGACGCUGGCCAGUUCCGGAGGCUACGUGGACAUCAUCGAGGCUCUCCUCAGAUGUGGGGUUGAUGUCAAUGCCAAUGACUGGAAUGGAGGGACUCCACUCCUGUAUGCUGUCCGAGGAAACCAUGUCAAAUGUGUAAAAGUGCUCCUAGCGAAUGGAGCUGACAUCACAACAGAAUCUGACUCUGGUUACAGUGCAAUGGCCUUGGCUGUUGCCCUCGGGUACACAAAAGUUCAAAAGGUUUUAGAGGACCAUAUUCUGAGACUCUACAAAACAUGCUGUUAA